CAUACCAUCUGGCUGCCCAGGCCGAAAAAGUCUCAGUCGAUUCUCGUUAGCGGACGGUGAAGGUUACCUGCUUCAACAGUGCUUGAACGGCAACCUUUCAACUGUCUUCAAACCCUAAUAAUCGCUCUGAUCACUCGUAACAUCAUCGAUAACAAUCAAAUCCAAUUUUAAUCACCUUCAAACAUCCGCUAGCUCAGUUAUCCCGAACACGUUUAGCUCGCCACCUAGCUAACCGUUUGUUUUGCUAACAGCCUCUCGACCUCCUCACGAGAAGACCCGCAACUGAGAUAAGAAUCAUGAGUUCCCAGGUGAGACAGAACUUCCACCAGGACUGCGAGGCGGCAAUCAACAGGCAGAUCAACCUGGAGCUGUACGCCUCCUACGUCUACUUGUCUAUGGGAUACUACUUUGACCGUGAUGACCAGGCAUUGCACAACUUUGCCAAGUUCUUCCGUGAUCAGUCUCACGAGGAGCGCGAGCAUGCAGAGAAGCUGAUGAAACUACAGAACCAGAGGGGGGGAAGGAUCUUCCUUCAAGAUGUCAAGAAGCCAGAGAGGGAUGAGUGGGGCAGCGGUGUUGAGGCGCUUGAAUGUGCCCUGCAGCUGGAGAAGAGCGUGAACCAGUCGCUGCUCGACCUGCACAAGCUCUGCGCUGAUCACAAUGACCCACAUUUGUGCGAUUUCAUCGAGACACACUACCUGGACGAGCAGGUGAAGUCCAUCAAAGAGCUGGCAGACUGGGUGACCAACCUGCGCCGCAUGGGAGCUCCUCAGAACGGCAUGGCCGAGUACCUGUUUGACAAACACACCCUGGGCAAAGAAAGCAGCUAAAUCCCUCCAUAUCACCUUUACUAAAGCUUUCUAUAUAUGUAUAUUUGUAUCUUGCUUUCAAAUGUUUGACAAACAUAAAGCCAUCUGCAUGGAUACCCGCUAGUCAUUUAAACCUCCUACAUUACUCAUGAAGUUAUUGCCAUUCCCUCCACAUCACAGUUCAGUAGUCCCCUUUUUCCUGAGCUGUGAGCGAUUACAUUCAAAGCCCACUCUUGUAUCUUGCACUAUCUGCUGUCAGCUUUGCCCCUGUCGUUACCAUGUAUUUGCUGUGUUUUAUGCCAGGAGCUGUUAAUCAAACCCAAUAAAACGAACCCUCUGGAUUCUGA